AUGGUGAAGCACCAACCCUUGCAGCAGGUCUAUGAGAAGCAGCUGUGCUUGUCCUUCCUCACUGGGAUCUAUGGCUGCCGCUGGAAACGCUACCAGCGUUCCCAUGACAACAGCUCCAAGGUGAGAGACAAGACUUCUGCAAAUGUCACAAGAUGUUCUGUUGUGGACAAAUGAUGGGUGUAUUUGUACGUUCUCUUCUUGUACCAAUCAGUGGAAUGUCUGAGAGCUAGAUAGUCCUGACCUUUAAAUGCACCUGCUGGCAACAUGCCUGAAUUUGUUACGGAGGACCACUCUUGUCCUCAAUCAGUCAAAUGACUUAUUAUUAAAGGGAGUGAUGUACAGAGAGACCUCUCGUCUUGUCUCCUCUCAUCGCCUCUCCUCUCCUGUACUGAUGCCCUUUCACUCACCUAAACAAACUGAGACAAACGGAUGCCCCUUUAAGAAGUAAAACAUAUAUAACCAGUACUGAAUGACUGUAAGACAUAAUAUCUAUUUACCCACAUGGAUUGAGGCCCAAACAGGGAAUCUGUGCUAAUGCUGCAUGGCUGGAAAGCCUGCGUUAAUAUAGCUUGCGUUAAAUAACUAGGCUUUGAGCUCAAUAGAAAACGCUUUGGAUCUCCUCAUCUGACAUUUACUGAGCAGCAUGAGACCACAAAACAUCAAUGGUAAUGAUGAGUUACCGAUAUAGGGAUUGAUACACCUUCACAAGCACAGUUUGUGUGCAUGUGUGUGGGUGUGUGUGUUUGUGUCUGUGCGUGUGUGUGUGUGUGUCCGUGUACAGGAUGUAGAACAAAAGUGGGCUAGCCUGUUUAUUAGGCUGUCAUUAGCAUUACUGCAGCAUACCUGAUUUAGCUCCAAGUACCAAAGUGGAAUCAAUAUGUUUAAACCAGAAUGAUCUUUCAUGAACUGGUUACCGUCUGAUGUUAGGUUUUAAUGGUCCGGCUACUUUGAGAUUUAAGUGUAAGCAAUGAAAAGCUUGGUAAACGUCAGCAGCUGUGUUGAGCUAAAUUAUAAAACCAGCCUUGCUCUCAGUGGACAGUUUUGCAACACUUUGCUUUGCUUUUAUUUUAGGUCACUGGCAUGAAAGUAGGUAUUUGGGCUGUGUAGGGCUAGGGGCAGUGAGUGGCUUUGGCAACAGUAGUAAAAAUGUCACUACACAACAGAAGUCUGUUAAUUGAAGAACUGCCUUGUUCAGACAACGAGUGACAUAUGAUUUUCCAACACUGAUAGUGAGAUUAACGCUGCGGCAGAGGCUUGUUUGUAAGCAAAACAAAGCCAGGAGACGUAUCACCUGCAUGGAAAGAACAGUGAAAAAAAUAAACUUGACUGAGAUACAGUAACCUGACACGUGUGAGAUGGGGCACAACAAUAUCAGUCUGCCAGGCAAGAGCCUGCCAGUAUGACCUCUACCUUGGAUAUAUGCUUCCUAGAGAAAAAUAACAUAUUAUAAGCCUUAUAAUAAGACAUUAUAGUUCAUAGGCGUUUAUAACAAUUAAUAAAGUGUUAAACCUGUCAGCUUUCUGUAAAAUGUUACCAUGUACUGUAUAUUCUUGUCUAGAAGGGGGCAGAGUGUAGAGUGAGUAGUGUGCAUUGGUAUAGAGCAGGGGUUCUUAAACCUUCUGAAACCUUUUCAGCUCCAGACCCAAAUGAGGAAUUCACUGUCCUACUGUGACUCAAAUCAUCCUCCAACAACCCAAAUUAAGAAGAAAUAGUGUGUGAUUAUAGAUGUAUUUUAAUAACCUGUGACACACCUCUCACAUGCCCAGGGCCCACUUUGGUUCCUGACCCAUAGUUUAAGAAACCCUGGUAUAGAGGUCAGUGUGUACUAUAACACUCAACUCAUUUUAAAGGGCUAGCAGGACACAGUUCUGCCCAUCCAGCAUUGAAACCUUAUCAUACCUCAGGAAUAAUUGAAAAGUUUUCCAUUUGUCUGAUUCUGUUCUGGAGGCCCUGAAAAUAGGUAAAACCUCUUCAUACACAAAUAAAGCGACAGACAGACAGACAGACAGACAGACAGGCAGGCAGGCAACUUAUCCAUUGCAUUCAACCUACAGGAAAGCUUUAUUAUAGCUACCGUCCUUGUAAAAUUGUUCAGUUUAUCCAAUAGAAUACUUUUAAAAAUGUCAUAUUAUUAAAUGUAACUCAAAUGAUAUUUUCUGUAAAUAAUGGUCUGUAUUAGUGAGGAUUAACCGAACUUUGCUCAUUGUAAAGUAUUAGGUUUAUGGCAGGCAUUGGUAGCCAUAAGCUUGGUGUAGAAGUCAAUGGGGUGUUUUAAUAUAAUGCUUCUACCCAGACUCCCAGCUGUGUGUGAUGCAGACUGGAGUAUCAGAGCCACUCCUGCUGUUCUUUAACUUGUCAUUGGACUACAAAACCCGAGUAGGUUGUUCAUAAAUUUGGCCAUUUAGCACGCCUGCUUUCCCUUUCUCCAUUUACAAAGCAGAAUGCAGUCACUCACAUUCACACUCACACACACACACACACACACACACACACACACACGUGCACACUCAUGCACACAGACAUUCAUAUCAUCCACAUACACAUCAAUGAGAUUCACAUGUACAUCCCUACACAUACUAAAUGCAACUCUCUUACAAUACCUAUCUCUCUGACUCUUAUUGUUAGAGUUCAUUCUGAUAUUGACUUGACCAUUGAGAUAGUACUGCUGUGAUUCCCAGUCCUGAGUUGACACCCCUGUGUUUGUAUAUCAUUGCUUUCUUGUCUGGUACUUAGUGGUAUUACUUUGAGUGGUAGGCUGGUAUUUCUCAGAACCAGAUUACCUCUGUCCUGCUCUUCAAGCCAAUAGAGAACUUUGUAAUUAAUGACCUAGAAAUGCUUUCGCUCAAGACUUGUGGCGGGUGAUUUGGAUGGAGUCAGGCGCAGGAGGGUAAAUCAAAGAAUAAAUGGUUUAAGACAGCGGUGAUGACGAAACGCCAAAGCCUGCCCGAACAAGGAGAGUAGGCAGCUUUUGAGGAAGUCGUGACAGUACCCCCCCCCCCCCCCCCCCCCCCCUCCUGACACGCAGCUCCAGCAGCGCGCCGACACCGGCUUCGGGGACGGCCAAGAGGACGCGGAGCAGGGCGAGCCGGAUGGCGACGGUGGAAAUCCCGCAACAGGGAGGGAUCGAGGACAUCCCUCACCGCUUCUCCGGACCGUACCCCUUCCACACCACGAGGUACUGAAGGCCCCCCACCCGACGCCUCGAAUCCAGGAUGGAACUGACGGAGUACGCCGGGGCCUCCUCGAUGUCCAGAGGGGGCGGAGGGACCUCCCGCACCUCAGACUCCUGGAGCGGACCAGCCACCACCGGCCUGAGGAGAGACACGUGAAACAAGGGGUUAAUACGGUAAUCAGGAGGGAGUAGUAACCUAUACGUAACCUCGUUUCUUCUCCUCAGGACUUUGAACGGCCCAACAAACCGCGGGCUCAACUUCCGGCAGGGCAGGCGGAGGGGCAGAUUCCGGGUCGAGAGCCAGACCUGAUCACCCGGUACAAAGAGUGGGGCCUCACUGCGGUGGCGGUCAGCGCUGGCCUUCUGGCGACGCACGGCGCGCUGGAGGUGGAUGUGGGCAGCGUUCCACGUCUCCUCUGUGCGCCGAAACCAGUAAUCUACCGCAGGAGCUUUGGUCUGGCUCUGAUGCCACGGUGCCAGGACCGGCUGAUAACCUAAAACACAUUGAAAUGGAGAUAGGUUAGUGGAAGAGUGGCGGAGAGAGUUCUGGGCAUAUUCGGCCCAUGGCAAGAACACCGACCACUCCCCCGGCCGGUCCUGGCAGUAGGACCGCAGGAACCUACCCACAUCCUGAUUCACCCGUUCCACCUGCCCAUUAGACUCGGGGUGAAACCCAGAGGUCAGGCUGACCGAGACCCCCAGACGUUCCAUGAAUGCCUUCCAGACCCUGGAUGUAAACUGGGGACCCCGGUCAGACACUAUGUCCUCUGGCACCCUGUAGUGCCGGAAGACAUGAGUAAACAGGGCUUCUGCAGUUUGGAGGGCCAUGGGGAGACUGGGCAGAGGAAGGAGGCGGCAGGCUUUAGAAAAGCGGUCCACAACAACCAGGAUGGUGGUGUUACCCUGAGAGAGGGGAAGAUCAGUGAGGAAGUCAAUUGACAAGUGGGACCAUGGCGGUUGUGGAACUGGUAAGGGAUGUAACUUACCCGCUGGGAGGUGCCUAGGUGCCUUACUCUGGGUGCACACCGAGCAGGAGCAGACAUUCACCCUCAUGUCCUUAGCCAAAGUAGGCCACCAGUACUUCCCAGUCAGGCAGCGCGCUAUACGGCCGAUACCUGGGUGACCAGAGGAGGGAGACGUGUGUGCCCAAUAGAUAAGACGGUCACGGACAAGAGACGGCAAGUACCGCAGCCCAGCUGGGCACUGAGUUGGAGAUGGCUCUGUGCGUAACGCCCGCUCUAUGUCCGUGUCCACCGCCCACACUACCGGUGCCACAAUGCAGGAGGCCGGGAGUAUGGGGGUGUUGUCUAUGGGCCUCUCCUCUGUGUCCUACAGACGUGACAGCAUGUCUGCCUUCACAUUCUUAGUACCUGGUAUGUAUGACAACGUGAAAUCAAACCGGGUGAAGAACAAGGCCCACCUGGCCUGGCGAGGGUUCAGUCUCCUCGCUGCCCGGAUGUACUCCAGGUUACGGUGGUCAGUCCAGACGAGGAAAGGGUGUUUCGCCCCCUCGAGUCAGUGCCUCCACGCGGUCAGUGCUCUGACAACAGCCAACAGCUCCCGAUAACCAACGUCGUAGUUCUGCUCCGCCGGGCUGAGAUUCUUAGAGAAGAAGGCACAGGGGCGGAGCUUGCAUCGCAGUGCUAACUGUGCCACUAGAGAUCCUGGUUCGAAUCCAGGCUCUGUCGCAGCCGGCCGCGACCGGGAGACUCAUGGGCGGCGCACAAUUGGCCCAGCGUCGUCCAGGGUAGGGGAGGGAAUGGCCGGCAGGGAUGUAGCUCAGUUGAUAGAGCAUGGCGUUUGCAACGCCAGGGUUGUGGGUUCGAUUCCCACGGGGGGCCAGUAUAAAAAAAAUAUGUAUUCACUAACUGUAAGUCGCUCUGGAUAAGAGCGUCUGCUAAAUGACUAAAAUGUAAAAAAAAAUGUAAUGUAAAAUGUGCCCGAGCUUUGGGAUAGGACAGCACCUAUCCCUACCUCGGACGCAUCCACCUCCACUACGAAUGGUAAUGAUGGAUCGGGAUGGGCCAGUACUGGGGCUGAGGUGAACAGAGCCCUCAGGUUACUGAAAUCCCUGUCAGCCUCAGCAGACCAGCGGAGCCGGGACGGCCACCCUUCAACAGAGAGGUGAUGGGAGCUGCAACCUUGCCAAAGCCCCGGAUAAACCUCAGAUAGUAAUUGGCAAACCCAAUAAAGCGCUGCACCUCCUUUACCGUGGUUGGAGUCGGCCAAUUACGCACGGCUGAAAUGCGGUAUCCCUCCAUCUCCACACCUGAGGUGGUGAUGUGGUAUCCGAGGAAGGAGAUGAACUGUUGGAAGAACAGACACUUUUCUGCCUUGGCAUACAGGUCAUGCUCCAACAGUCGGCCCAGCACUCUGCGAACCAGGGACACAUGCUGCACCUGAAUCGACCAGCGCCUUACACUGGGGAACUACCGUGUAAUCAGGGAAGUUGACAUGUAUGGUGAAGUGCGCAGCAGAGGGAUCUGAACGAGUGUGGGUUUGCGCUACCAGGGGUGACGCGAGAGUGCCCUGCCUGCCGCCUCCAGACCCAGAAGAACUCUGACGACAGCGUGCAGCAGAGUGUCCUCUCUUGCCACAAGAGUGACACUGGAGCUGUCGUCCUUCGUUCUCCCAGAUUGCUGCACCACCCAGCUCCAUCGGAACGUAAUCCGGGUUGAAGGGGGGUGAAACGGGCAGGCACCUUCUAGGACGUCCUUUUGAAGCCAGCAGGUUGUCCAAAUGGAUGGCCAUGUCCACCAGCUGGUUGAACAUCAACGUGGUAUCCCGGCAGGCUAGCUCCCUUCGGACAUACUCUCGCAGGCAGCACCGGAUGUGGUCGAUGAGGGCCUGCUCGUUCCACCCGGACCCAGCCACUAGAGUUCUAAUCUCCAGGGCAAAGUCCUGCGCGGUCCUCGUCCCCUGCCUCAGAUGGACCUCCCCGUAGUUGUCCAAUGCGUCUCCUCCUUCACUCCAGACCGCGUUGGCCCACUUCAGGGCUUACCCCGAGAGGCAGGAGACGAGGGCGGACACCUUCUCCCACUCCGAUGGAAUUGAGCUGAUGGCAGAAAAAUAGAGGUCCAGCUGCAGGAGGAAUCCCUGGCAGCGGGCAGCUGUCCCGUCAUACUCCCUCGGUCGGGAUAGGUGAAUCCCUCUGGUUGCUGGGGUGUGGGUGGCUGGAUCCGGUCUCUCAGCUGGUCCCAAAGGGUCGGGUCCUCUCCAGGCGUUGGACGACCUGGAGAACCCGAUCCAUCACUUCGCCCAAGCUGGCUAGCAUGUUGGAAUGCUCCCGGACCCGCUCCACGACUCCAGGCAUAUUCCCGUCUCCUGCUGACUCCAUGCUUCAGAUGUGUGAUUCUGUGGCGGGUGAUUUGGACAGAGUCAGGCGCAGGAGGGUAAAUCACAGAAUAAAUGGUUUAUUCGGUAAGACAUCGGUACGCAGCAAUGCGUAAAACACUCCAGUGCGGUAUUACAGCGCACUGGAGACAACAAGGCACACGGGUGAAUAUCCCGGCGAUACAAAAUACAAUAUAGCUCCACCGAGCUAUAGUAACCUCCACAAUAAACAAUCACACACAAAGACAUGGGGGGCAGAGGGAAUACUUAUACAGGUACUGAUGAGGGGAUAUGAACCAGGUGUGUGUAAUAAACAAGACAAAACAAAUGGAAUGAUAAGAUGAGGAGCGGCAGUGGCUAGAAGGCCGGUGACGACGAACGCCUAAGCCUGCCCGAACAAGGAGAGGAGGCAGCUUCGGAGGAAGUCGUGACAAGACUAGCACACCAUAAAGCAACCCAUGCUGAACAGGUUACAUUUCCAGCUGGAGUUGGACAUAUGAUUCUUGGCUCCAUCAGUUAUCAUUGAGAGACAAAUUAUAUUUGUACUAUUUUUAUGUAUGUAUUUCCAUGUAGUACCACACACCUGGUAUGGCAAAAUCCAUAGGAUAACAAGUGUGCAUAGUACUGUAUCAUACAGAGGUGAGAUGUACACGGUCUGUCUGAGGAGGUUUGCCGGAAAUGCUAGGCAGUCAUUCUGUUUCUCUGACUAAGCUACUUCAUUGUGAUUAAUCAGUAUUCUUCUCAGUAGAUGAAACACUGUGGUAGGGCUGCACUGUCUAUCAGGGUUAUAAUUAGCAGGCUGUGAAGACGUUAGAGAGGGAAGGAGAAGGAAGCCAAGGAACAGUCUGGAGGAGGAAGUGAUGGGAUUAGAAGGAUGUCAGGAUUAGACGUCAUCAUCUUGGUGACAAUGACACUGUACUAAAGACUGACUUCCUGUAUCCUCGAUGACAGUCCUGUAUUGUGGUUGGUUAUGGUUGUGUCUGAAAUGGCCCCACUAUAGAAUGACUUCCUCUGUGACUGGCUGUGUGAACUGGGCUGGGUGAUGUAUCUGAGCUAGAGGCAAAAAAAGACCACACCUGGAAAGGUGAAUAGAUGCCUGCAAAAUGAUACAUUUCAAGCUCUGUAUAGGGAAGCUUCCUGUUUGCCCAGUAUGACUGGGGGUACCUAAGGACCAGAGUUGAGAAACAGUAAAGUAUGCUAAUGUGCGCUUAGUGUUGUUUGUCCAGUGGGAGAGUGUUUGCAGUGAAACUUAAGAAAGUUAACUCUGAGCCACAUCAUCCUUCUAUUUAUAAACCAGUAACCACAGAUGGUCUAUGGAGCUCAGGGAGAAGAACCAGGCUGGGCUCACUGGCUGGACUUUUCAGGAACUACUGUGUGGAUAUUUCUACCCCCUUGGGUUUUAAGGGUGUGUGAGAGGUAUGAUCACCCACUGUAAUGUGUUGUCUGCUAAAGGUGCAGAAAAUAUCCUUCUCUCCCAGCACUAGCUAACUUCCUGAAUUAACGGAAUUGAAAAUUAAAUUCACUCCAACCCUGCUUUAGAAAUAUUCCUCCAACUGUUCUUGAGUGAGUGUCAGUUUGACCAUGUGUCUGUCGCUGUAGUCACCUCACCGUAAGUCGACCUUAAAUCAAUUAAAUGCAACCUGACAUUGUCAGAGCCCCUUCCCCACUGUCACUUUCUAUUACCUCUAUUAGUCACAUUAGGUCUAGAGUCUGACUUUAAUCCUUAUAGUGCCAUAAAAAGUAUUUGCCCCUUCCUGAUUUUCUCUAUUUUUGCAUAUUAUUACUGAUACUGAAUGUUAUCAGAUCUUCAACCAAAAUAUUAGAUAAAGGGAACCUGAGUUUACAAAUAACCAUUUUUUAAAAACUUAUUUUAUUUAUUUAAUUAACAAAGUUAUGCAACACCCAAUUCCCCUGUGUGAAAAAUGAAUUGCACCCUUACACUCAAUAACUAGUUGUUGCCUCCAGCGCCGGGAAGAUGGCUGCCGUUUUACAGCCCUCUAACCAAUUGUACUAUUAUGUGUGUUUUUCCGCGUUAUUUGUAAUUUAUUUUGUACAUAAUGUUUCUGCCAUCGUCUCUUAUAACCAAAAAGAGCUUCUGGAUAUCAGGACAGCGAUUACUCACCUCGCAUUGGACGAAGAUUUUUUCUUCAACGAGGCGGUCGCGAAGGAUAUCCUACAGACACCCGACAAGGCCCAGAUCCCCGUCAUUCGCGUGAGGAAGAGACAGAGAUAUCGCGGACGCAGAUCCGGGUGCCUUGUAAGGAUCCGACGGCGAGCGAGUAAACUGCCUCUCCCAUCAAUCCUACUAGCCAACGUUCAAUCUUUUGAGAAUAAAAUGGACGAGUUAAGAUUACGGUUAUCCUACCCAAAGACUCCAGCCACCCUAGUCAUAGACUGUUCUCUCUGCUACCGCACGGCAAGCGGUACCGGAGUGCCAAGUCUAGGUCCAAAAGACUUCUCAACAGCUUCUACCCCCAAGCCAUAAGACUCCUGAACAGCUAAUCAUGGCUACCCGGACUAUUUGCACUGCCCCCCCACCCCAUCCUUUUUACGCUGCUGCUACUCUGUUAAGUAUUUAUGCAUAGUCACUUUAACUCUACCCACAUGUACAUAUUACCUCAACUACCUCAACUAGCCGGUGCCCCCGCACAUUGACUCUGCAACGGUACCCCCCUGUAUAUAUAGCCUCCCUACUGUCACUUUAUUUUACUGUAUAUAUAGCCUCCCUACUGUCACUUUAUUUUACUUCUGCUCUUUUUUUCUCAACACUUUUUUUGUUGUUGUUUUAUUCUUACUUUUUUUGUUUAAAAUAAAUGCACUGUUGGUUAAGGGCUGUAAGUAAGCAUUUCACUGUAAUGUCUGCACCUGUUGUAUUCGGCGCAUGUGACCAAUAAAAUUUGAUUUGAUUUGAUUUAACUGGUUGUGCCACCUUAAGCUGCAAUGACUGCAACCAAAUGCUUCCUGUAGUUGAUGAUCAGUCUCUCACAUCACUGUGGAGGAAUUUUGGCCCACUCUUGCAUGCAUAACUGCUUUAACUCAGUGACAUUUGUGGGUUUUCAAGCAUGAACUGCAACAACAUCUCAAUUGGGAUUAGGUCUGGACUUUGACUAGGCCAUUCCAAAACUUCAACUGUGAUGCUUUUUAGCCAUUUUCAUGUAGACUUGAUUGUGUGUUUUGGAUCAUUGUUUUGCUGCAUGACCCAGCUGCACUUCAGCUUCAGCUCACAGACGGUUCCUUCUAUUAAGGCAAGUCAUCCAGGUCCUGAGGUAGCAAGGCAUCCCCAAACCAUCACACUACCGCCACCAUGCUUGACCGUUGGUAUGAGUUUCUUACUUUGGAAUGCAAUGUUUGGUUUUCGCCAGACAUAAUGGGACAUCUCGUCCAAAAAGUUGACUGAAGUUUGCCAAAAAAGCACAUGUAAGCACCUGGAUGAUCAUCAAGAUCCUUGGAAGAAUGUUCAAUGGACAGAUAAGUCAAAAGUAUCACUUUGUGGAUGACAUGGGUCCCAUAAUGCUUGGUGAAAACCACACACUGCAUUCCACAGUAAGAACCUUAUACCAACGGUCAUGCAUGGUGGUGGUAGUGUGAUGGUUUGAGGAUGCUUUGCUGCCUCAGGACCUGGAUGACUUGCCUUAAUAGAAGGAACCAUGAAUUUUGAUCUGUAUCAAAUAAUUCUACAGGAGAAUGUCAGGCCAUCCGUCUGUGAGCUGAAGCUGAAGCGCAGCUGGGUCAUGUAGCAUGACAAUGAUCCAAAACACACAAUCAAGUCUACAUGAAAAUGGUUCAAAAGCAAUAAUGUGAAGUUUUGGAAUAGCCUAGUCAAAGUCCAGACCCAAUUGAGAUGUUGUGGCAGGACUUGAAACGAGCUUUCCAUGCUUGAAAACCCACAAAUGUUGCUGAGUUAAAGCAGUUCUGCAUGCAAGAGUGGGCCAAAAUUCCUCCACAGCGACGUGAGAGACUGAUCAACAACUACAGGAAGCAUUUGGUUGCAGUCAUUGCAGCUAAAGGUGGCACAACCAGUUAUUGAGUGUAAGGGGGCAAUUACUUUUUCACACAGAGGAAUUGGGUGUUCCAUAACUUUGUUUAUAAAAUAAAUGAAAUGAGUAUGUAAUCGUUGUGUUAUUUGUUCACUCAGGUUCCAUUGAUCUAAUAUUAGGUUUUGGUUGAAGAUCUGAUAACGUUCAGUAUCAAAAAUAUGCAACAGUAGAUAAAAUUAGAAACGGGGCAAAUACUUUUUCACAGCACUGUACACGCACACACACACACACACACAGACUUGUCAAGGCUGUGAAGUAUUGUGCAAGACCAGGUAAUUGACUGCCUCAACAGAAGUAGUGUGGUGGUUACCUCAGAAACCAGACUUCAUUAAAACACCAGCCCCUCUACUCUCCCAUUCUCCCCUGUGCAUUAACUCUAACCAGCAGAAGGUAAGACCUCACUGAUGAGAUUCCUAGCCUUUCCUCUGAGUGCAGUGUAAGUGUUAAUGUGGUAUUUCCCUCUUAACUACCAUGCGUCUACACAUGUCUCAUUAUCGCCAGGCCUAUAAUAAUAGACUGGAGGAGAUGUGGAGGAGAUACAGCACUAGUCUGGCCAGCAUGAGAUGUAAAGCUGAUCACUGGUCAACUCUACCUGGCUGUGGUCUGACCUGGGCCACAUUCAGUACGCAAACGUUGUAGAACGUGGCAGAUAGAGAUGUCAUGAAAACAGUUGACAUUAUUCCAUAUCCUUUAUAAUUACUUAUUUACAUUUACAUUUUAGUAAUUUACCAGAUGCUUUUAUCCAGAGCGACUUACAGUUAGUGCAUUCAUCUUAAGAUAGCUAGGUGAGACAACCACAUAUCACAAUCAUAGUAAGUACAUUUCACCUCAAUAAAAUAAUAAUAAUUGGAAAAUGUGCUAUUUUGCAACCUUGUGCCCUUUCUGCAUGCGGGCUGCGCCUCUGACCUGUUUUAUCCUCCUCAAUCCAGUCAAUUACUAUGGGGGAAGUGCCUGGUAAUCUGCCCAAAUUUACAGUUUUAUUUAGAUUUAAGAGGUAAUCUGUUUUAGACUUAUUUUAGUCGUUGUGUGAUUGUUUAAGCUGAAAGUUGUGGAACGGUAUGUUAAAAGUGUUAUAGAAAGUAAAUGUAUUCUUCAUUCUGUUGUGUGUUCACCAGUGGGAGUGUGCAUGGUUCAUCAUCUUGUGCAGCACCUUCUCCCUGCUCCUCUUCUGGGCUUACUUCUGGUUGGAGGCCCACAAUGACUACAACCAAUUCAACUGGUGAGUGUAAACUAGUCCUUACCAGAGUGACUGUGAGCUGAGUUUGCACCAUGGUUUAUGUCCCCCAGAAGCACUCUCCUUUUUGAGCAGCUUUCAAUUAGUAAUAAAAUGUGUGCAUAUUUCAAUAUCUCCCAUCAGGGCUGGUCUGUUUCAUCCUCUUCUUAUCAAGGCACUGGUUCACCUUCCCCACCCUCUGUCUCUCUUUCAAAGGUUACUAUACAACCGUUCUGGGGAAUGGAAGGACGGCACUGUCCCCAUUCUCGCAACCAUCGCAGUUGGCUUUAGUUACAUUACAUUUUUAAUGGUGAGUAAGUUUCCCAUGUUUGGUUAAAUGCCUGUACACACAGUAAAGCACAUGUUGCUGCUGCAGAUUCAGUAAGAUCUAAACUGAUUGUGGCUCUGUUCGUUUCCAGAUUUUAGCACUUUGUCAUAUUUCACUGGGACAGCAGCUGAACCUCUACUGGAUCCAAAAGGUAGGCCUUCAAAUUAACUCUGACCUACUGAUGAGGAAAUGAAUACCAUGUUACUGUUAGCCCUGCAUAGGAAUUUGUAGAACAAAUCAAACUGUUGAUAUGUUGGUCCCCACAGAUUGGUGUGUCGGCUGCCUUGAUCACCGCUGUCAGCGGUGUGGUCUCCAUCAAUGAUGUGUGGGGGGACGAAUGGGACAUCAUUCUCAUAUCGCUACAGGUCUACAUCUCUAUUUUUCUGUUUCUCUACUAGUGUGUAUGUGUGUGUGUAAACAACUCCUGUCUUCCUGUGUUGUAAUUCAGUCCACAGGUCCUUUCCUGCACAUAGGAGCUCUGGCUGCUGUCACAGCACUGGGUUGGCUAGUCGCUGGACAUGUGAUCCGUGCAGGGAGAACCAGUAAGUAUUGGGUUGGCUUUUGAUUGGUUUCACUGUAACUCUAAUCAGGAUUCCUUUAAUACCAAUAUUAUACAUUAUUACAUUACUUCAUGAUUAUUAUCAUUAUAACCAUAAAGAUGUUUGAUAAUGAACAAUAAAUGCAGCAGCAGUCAGAAAUCUGGGACCUAAUGUCCUCACUCUAUGGUCUUCCUCCUUCCCAGAGUUCCACAUGAUAGUGCUGCUGGUCUACCUGAGUGUCCUACUGGUCCUCUACAUGUCUCCCCUCGCCAUCUCCUCACCCUGCAUCAUGGACAGGAACAGCCUCAAACCUCGGCCUGACGUCAUUGGAAGACGGGGGGCUCCAAUGGUGAGUCCGUGUCCCCCUACAGAAAUAUCUUCUUUCCCCCUACUCUCUAGCCACUUCAUGUAGAUCCUAAGGAAUUAUGCAAUAUAUUUGUAGCUGAGUGCUGAGACCUCACAUCCCAGCACAUUGUAAUGGUGGCUAGAGUUUACAAGCCCAUUGUACAAGAUAACUCCUGCACAUAAAAUUACCUCUCCACAUGUAGUCGGCUGCUAACCUAUUUCCUAUUUAUUUAAAGCUUAAAUAAUUUGUCUUUCCACCACUAGGUCAAAUGACUGUCAUCAGAUUUUAACAACACAUAAUAACCCAUUGUACCUCCUGUCUCUCUGUCUGUCCCUCUGUCUGUGUGUGUGUCCUGUGCUGUAGCUGGCGCCAGAGAACACCCUGAUGUCCUUCAACAAGGCCCUGCAGCAGGGGGUCAGCUCCCUGGAGGCCGACGUCACCGUCAGGUAACCAACCAAUAACCUAACUCUACCAUCCAAUAACCUAACCCCACCCCACCCCAGUACCUUAACGUUAGGAGUAAUGAGUUCUCUAUAGUAGACCGGUAACGACGGGUGGGCCUUUCUGUAGUGAAGCCAUAGCAACAUUCACAGCGUGUUAAAGGUUAGGGAGAAAAUCUAAACACCCCCAUUCUGACCCUGCCUUUGAUGUAGUCAACUUGUUUUAAGACCAUUUUAAUCUCACAUCCAUUCCUUUUCACUAGUGCAUUAUAGGCCUGUUAUUACAGGCCCAUUUUAGUACUCCCAUUGCCACAGAACCUCUUUAUUUUAUUUAUGAAAGCAGUGACAUAAAUGGCAGUGACAUAAAUGACAUAAGUGUUACUGGUUCAGUGAUGUAAGUCUGUGGUCCCACCUCUCCUCUGCAGUCUGGACGGGGUGCCCUUCCUGAUGCGAGACCGCACCCUGAGAAGGACCACUGACAUUGCCAAGGUCUUUCCUGACAGACAGCACGAGGACGCCUCUCUCUUCAAUUGGACAGAGAUUCGCUCUCUAAAUGCGGGGCAGUGGUUUUUGGAGGUACCCCCCCACCCCUCUCUCACUCCCUCUCACUGAGUAUCUGACUUUCUCCCUCCUUGUAUUGCUCUUUCUCUUAGUCUCUCCCCUUCUCUACCCCUCCUUCUCCCCACACCAAGUAUAUUUUUUCACUCCACUUUGCAUCACCUCAUCAAAUAAAAUACCUCUCUUCCAUAUCUGUCUCUCCAGAGCGACCCAUACUGGACAGUCGGGUCUCUGACAGGGAGGGACCGGAACCGAAUGGGGAACCUGACAGUGUGUAGCCUGGUAGAGAUGCUCCGCCUGGCAGCCAGGGCCAACCGCUCAGCCCUGUUAAACCUCCAUAGACCUCCCCCAGAACACCCACACUACAAGACCUGGAUCAUGGACACCCUGUGGGCUGUCCAGAGGUCUGGGAUAUCACAGAAGAGGGUAAGGUGGACUCUCCGUGUAUCUACAGUGGGGAGAACAAGUAUUUGAUACACUGCAGAUUUUGCAGGUUUUCCUACUUACAAAGCAUGUAGAGGUCUGUCAUUUUUAUCAUAGGUACACUUCAACUGUGAGAGACGGAAUCUAAAACAAAAAUCCAGAAAAUCACAUUGUAUGAUUUUUAAGUAACUAAUUUGCAUUUUAUUGCAUGACAUAAGUAUUUGAUCACCUACCAACCAGUAAGAAUUCCGGCUCUCACAGACCUGUUAGUUUUUCUUUAAGAAGCCCUCCUGUUCUCCACUCAUUACCUGUAUUAACUGCACCUGUUUGAACUCGUUACCUGUAUAAAAGACACCUGUCCACACACUCAUUCAAACAGACUCCAACCUCUCCACAAUAGCCAAGACCAGAGAGCUGUGUAAGGACAUCAGGGAUAAAAUUGUAGACCUGCACAAGGCUGGGAUGGGCUACAGGACAAUAGGCAAGCGGCUUGGUGAGAAGGCAACAACUGUUGGCGCAAUUAUUAGAAAAUGGAAGAUGUUCAAGAUGACGGUCAAUCACCCUCGGUCUGGGGCUCCAUGCAAGAUCUCACCUCGUGGGGCAUCAAUGAUCAUGAGGAAGGUGAGAUUUCAGCUAAGAACUACAUGGCAGGACCUGGUCAAUGACCUGAAGAGAGCUGGGACCACAGUCUCAAAGAAAACCAUUAGUAACACACUACGCCGUCAUGGAUUAAAAUUCUGCAGCGCACGCAAGGUCCCCCUGCUCAAGCCAGCGCAUGUCCAGGCCCGUCUGAAGUUUGCCAAUGACCAUCUGGAUGAUCCAGAGAAGGAAUGGGAGAAGGGCAUGUGGUCUGAUGAGACAAAAAUAGAGCUUUUUGGUCUAAACUCCACUCGCCGUGUUUGGAGGAAGAAGAAGGAUGAGUACAACCCCAAGAACACCAUCCCAACCGUGAAGCAUGGAGGUGGAAACAUCAUUCUUUGGGGAUGCUUUUCUGCAAAGGGGACAGGACGACUGCACCGUAUUGAGGGGAGGAUGGAUGGGGCCAUGUAUCGUGAGAUCUUGGCCAACAACCUCCUUCCCUCAGUAAGAGCAUUGAAGAUGGGGUCGUGGCUGGGUCUUCCAGCAUGACAACGUCCCGAAACACACAGCCAGGGCAACUAAGGAGUGGCUCCGUAAGAAGCAUCUCAAGGUCCUGGAGUGGCCUAGCCAGUCUCCAGACCUGAACCCAAUAGAAAAUCUUUGGAGGGAGCUGAAAGUCUGUAUUGCCCAGUGACAGCCCCGAAACCUGAAGGAUCUGGAGAAGGUCUGUAUGGAGGAGUGGGCCAAAAUCCCUUCUGCAGUGUGUGCAAACCUGGUCAAGACCUACAGGAAACGUAUGAUCUCUGUAAUUGCAAACACAGGUUUCUGUACCAAAUAUUAAGUUCUGCUUUUCUGAUGUAUCAAAUACUUAUGUCAUACAAUAAAAUGCAAAUGAAUUACUUAAAAAUCAUACAAUGUGAUUUUCUGGAUUUUUGUUUUAGAUUCCGUCUCUCACAGUUGAAGUGUACCUAUGAUAAAAAUUACAGACCUCUACAUGCUUUGUAAGUAGGAAAACCUGCAAAAUCGGCAGUGUAUCAAAUAUUUGUUCUCCCCACUGUAUCUGUCACUGAAUCCUUAGCAACAUUGGUAGAGAUGUGUGAAUCAAAAAGCAGGUCCAGUCUCUUACCCUAUGUCUUGUGUUCUGUGGUUCUUUAGGUGACGUGGACUCCGGACACAGACAGGGGGCGUGUCAGGGGGCUGCAGCAGACCUCCUUGAAGAAACUGUCAGUGGAGGAGCUCAGACACAGGGGCAUCAGCAGCCUCACCCUGCGCUACUCACAGGCCAGCAACAAGGAAAUUCAGUGAGCCAGACCUACUGUUACUCUCAAACUCUAACCCUAACCAUUCACCUGCUGUGAUUGUCCAAAAUGUUAUCUGGGAGGUCCAAACAUGUUAUCUAAAAAGUCCCAAGAAUCUUAUCUUAAUCCCUAACCCUAACCUCACCCUGCGUUACGGUUACUCACAGGCCAGCACGUCCAAUAAACUAUUAAUCUUUGUAGGGACUUCCUGGCGAACAACAUGAGUGUGACACUGUACCCGGUGAACGAGCCGUGGCUCUACUCAGUGCUGUGGUGCAGCGGAGUGCCUUCUGUCUCCUCCGACGCCCCCCAGGUCCUCCGCAAGGUGCCUUACCCCAUCUGGCUCAUGGUAAGAAUCUCCGUCUACACCACUUCAUUGCAAUAACUACACUUUUAGUACAGUAUAGCCAUAUGGAAUGUACCCAUGAGUGUAACAGUCAAUUUUUAUAUGACUGGGUACCCUUUUUACCUGCUACACUACAGAGGCAAGGCAACACAGAGAGGCUGGGGACCGCAGGGGAGAGUAAAGAUAGUGACUAGGGAACAGCAGAAUAGCUGGGUAAGAGUGAAGUGAGGCAUGGGGACACAGCAGCAAACUUGGGCACAGUGAGGGUCUAGAGUACGACAAGACACUACCAGGGCACAACCAGACCGAAGGACACAGCUCGAGACUAGGACAUAGAACUCAAGUAGUUUCAUUCAUGUUCUGAUCCUCAUCGCAUGUUCAUCAUGAUGAGAGGUACAGUAUAUUUGUGGUGAUGCUGCUGUCUAGUGGUGGAUGUUGGUUCUGAACAGCUCUUCUUGUUUACAGAGCCCAAAUGAAUACUGCUUGGUCUGGAUCACCUCAGAUCUUGUCUCCAUCGCCAUAGUUACAGGAAUAUUCAUCUUUCAAAAGUAAGUACCCAUUUUCCAUUAUGAUCAAACCAUUCACUUGGCUGUGAAUGGUUGUGCAUUUGCAGCAUACGUUUUAAGGAAUGAACCCCUCACCCUCACACUUUUGAAUAUUUCGAGAGUAUUGCAAUAACAAUGCAAAGUUCUCUACUACACUGAUCCCCGAUGAAAGCUGGUUUGCACACACUUCAGUGAUAUGUCUGCUCUGCUCCAUUGUCUAGUCUGAUGUACAAGUGUUUCUCAGGACUGUUAUGUAAAUGUAAAGGUCUGUGUGUGCUGAGCUUUGUGUUGCAUAGCCUUCUGCUUCUAAACUGACAGUUCUGCUCUUUACCUUUCACUGCGCUCUCUCUUUUUCUUCUCCUCCUCGUCUGUCAAUUUCUCUCCUUCUGUUUGUCCAUAUCAUAUUUUUUUCUUAUGUCCUCUUUCAUUCCCUCCUCUCUCUCGUUCUGCCCUAUUUGUCCUCUGUUCUGCCUGAUCUGCAUGCUACGUUUCUCUGCUGCACUCUGGCGUCUGUCAGCUAUCACUUGAUCAGGUAACUGGGGUGACUCUCAUGGCCCAUGUUGCUUUCUUGUUUUCUGUUUUCUGUCCUUGUGCUUCACUUGUGUCUGAAGCUCUAAAGCUUGUACUCAGUGUACACUAUGUUUCAUUUUGCUCGAUAUGUAUUCAUCAAUAUGUAUUAAUCAAUAUCUAUUCAUCAAUAUGUAUUCAUCAUUUGACAUUUGACUCUGAAUGUGUCUCUGACGGUGUGGCGUCGCCCUGUCAGAUGGAGGAUGAGUGGAAUGCAAAACUACAACCCAGAACAGAUCAUGCUGAGUGCUGUGACGCGCCGGCCCAGCCGAGACGUCAACAUCAUGAAGGAGAAACUCAUAUUCUCAGGUACGUAAAUAAAUCAAAUAUAAUACAGGCAUUUAGCAGACGCUUUUAUCCAAAGCAACUGACACAUACAGUAUAAUCAGUAUGUAGCCCAUGCAUGUAUCAAACCCACAACCCUGAUGUUGCCAGCAUGUAUUCUCCAACUAACCCACUGAAUCAAAUCAAGAAUGGAAAAGAGUGAGGGUCAAAGUUCAACUCUUCUUUUUUCUCUCCUUUUUUAGAGGUAAGCAAUGGAGUAACCAGUACAGAUGAACAUUUAUAUCCAGAGAAUGGCUACGACAUUGGGCAGUACAAGUGAGCUGUGUCUGUAUACCUGGAGAAUGGCCAGGCCAAUGGGCAGUUCAGAUGAACUGCCUCUAUAUCCUGAGAAUGGCUAUGCCAACGUGCAAUACAGAUGAGUUGUCUCUGUACCGGUUUGAGCUGGUUGUGCCAACUACACUUAUGACGGCAUCACAUGGUGACUGCAACAGACAGAAUCACAAUGGCUGCUACUGUAAACUUGGAUGUUUCCGCCAACAUGUUAGAACUUUGAACUUUUAAAAGUUCUGAAUGUUCAAUGUUUUGAAGACUGUUGACCUACUUGCUGGAGUGACCUUUUUAAAAGUUGUAUUUCAAGCUCUGAAGGAUCAUGGGAUGUUUUUUCUUCGCAACUGUACAUUUUUGUAAAUAUUAGUUUUUGUUUUUCAGUUAUUUUAUUUUCCCUCUGAGAGGAUUGUCAUGGUUUGGAGUUCUGAAUAGUAUGCUAUUAUAAGACUGAAUUCACUCUCAUGAGGAGUAGUGUGUGUCCUCUCCUAUCGAUGUGUGAAGGACAUUUUGCAUCAUUGGGAAUGUACACUGUUCUUGCAUUGUGGUCAUACAGGGAUGCACAUGAAGAGCAUUUAAUAGUCAACAUAGUCCAUGUUGUAAUCAUAUUUUCUCUGCCUAUUCUGUCAUGCCAUUAUUGGUUUGCUUUAGGUUGAAGUUAUUAUAUCCUUA